AUGGAUCCAAGACUAGGCGUAUUCUGUGGCAGCGGCGGAGGAAGCGGAAGAGGAUACCCGUACGGGAAUGGAAACAAUCCUUAUGGUCCUAAUUAUCCCUACGGCAAUAGAUAUAAUCCUUAUAAUCCAUACGGCAGCAGAUAUGGACCGUACCCAUAUGGAUACAACCCGUAUGGAUAUGGUAACCCGUAUGGAUACAGACCGCCAUAUGGAAAUGGGCCGUAUGGAGCACGUAGACCACCAUAUGGCUACUACGGAUAA